UGAAAAUUAUUUAAACGUUGCACACAAAUCUCUUGUGAAAGAAGAAAAGGAAAUUCAGUUUGUGGGUCUCAGCGGGAGUUAAGCUAAUGCAGCUUAAAAUAAUGCCGAAAAAGAAGUGCUUAUCUGCAGGCAGAGCGCCCCUGAUUCUCUUCCUGUGCCAGAUGAUUAGUGCACUGGAAGUACCUCUUGAUCCAAAACUUCUUGAAGAUUUGGUACAGCCUCCAACCAUUACUCAACAGUCUCCAAAAGAUUACAUUAUUGACCCUCGGGAGAAUAUUGUAAUCCAGUGUGAGGCCAAAGGGAAACCUCCUCCCAGCUUCUCCUGGACCCGAAAUGGGACUCAUUUUGACGUAGAUAAAGACCCUCUUGUCGCCAUGAAGCCCGGCUCAGGAACCCUCAUCAUCAACAUCAUGAGCGAAGGGAAAGCAGAGACCUAUGAGGGAGUCUAUCAGUGUACAGCCAGGAAUGAACGUGGAGCUGCCGUUUCUAAUAACAUUGUCGUGCGUCCAUCCAGGUCUCCAUUGUGGACCAAAGAAAAACUUGAACCAAUAAUGCUUCAAAAUGGCCAGUCUUUAGUACUUCCCUGCAGACCUCCGAUUGGAUUACCACCACCUAUAAUAUUCUGGAUGGAUAAUUCCUUUCAAAGACUUCCACAAAGUGAGAGGGUUUCCCAGGGUCUGAAUGGAGACCUUUAUUUUUCCAAUGUUCUCCCGGAGGAUACCCGUGAAGACUAUAUCUGCUAUGCCCGAUUUAAUCACACUCAAACCAUACAGCAGAAGCAACCUAUUUCUGUGAAAGUGAUUUCAGUGGAUGAAUUGAAUGACACUAUAGCUGCUAAUUUGAGUGACACUGAGUUUUAUGGUGCUAAAUCAAGUAGAGAGAGGCCACCAACAUUUUUAACUCCAGAAGGCAAUGCAAGUAACAAAGAAGAAUUAAGAGGAAAUGUCCUUUCACUAGAGUGCAUUGCAGAAGGACUGCCUACCCCAGUUAUUUACUGGAUAAAAGAAGAUGGAACACUACCCAUCAAUCGGACAUUUUAUAGGAACUUUAAGAAAACUCUGCAAAUCAUUCAGGUUUCAGAAGCAGACUCUGGAAAUUACCAAUGUAUAGCAAAAAAUGCACUAGGAGCCAUCCAUCAUACCAUUUCUGUCACAGUUAAAGCGGCUCCAUACUGGAUCAUGGCACCUCAAAAUCUUGUGCUGUCCCCAGGAGAGGAUGGAACCCUGAUCUGCAGAGCUAAUGGCAAGCCCAAACCCAGAAUUAGCUGGUUAUCGAAUGGAGUCCCAAUAGAAAUUGCCCCUGAUGACCCCAGCAGAAAAAUAGAUGGCGAUACCAUUAUUUUUUCAAAUGUUCAAGAAAGAUCAAGUGCGGUGUAUCAGUGCAAUGCCUCUAACGAAUAUGGAUAUUUACUGGCAAAUGCAUUUGUAAAUGUGCUGGCUGAGCCACCACGAAUCCUUACAUCUGCAAACACACUCUAUCAGGUCAUUGCGAACAGGCCUGCUCUACUAGACUGUGCCUUCUUUGGGUCUCCUCUACCUACUAUUGAGUGGUUUAAAGGAGCUAAGGGUAGUGCUCUUCGUGAAGAUAUGUAUGUCUUACAUGAAAAUGGAACUUUGGAAAUUCCUGUAGCCCAAAAGGAUAGUACAGGAACUUACACAUGUGUUGCAAGAAAUAAGUUAGGAAUAGCAAAGAAUGAAGUUCACUUAGAAAUCAAAGAUCCAACAAGGAUCAUUAAACAGCCUGAAUAUGCAGUUGUGCAAAGAGGAAGCACAGUGUCUUUUGAAUGCAAAGUGAAACACGAUCACACCUUAAUCCCUACUGUCACGUGGCUGAAGAACAACAGUGAGCUACCCAAUGACGGAAGGUUCACUGUUGACAAGGACCAUUUGGUGGUAACUGAUGUAAAUGACGAUGAUGGUGGGACCUACACGUGUGUGGCCAACACAACUCUGGACACCGUUUCUGCCAGUGCUGUGCUUAGGGUUGUCGCUCCUACUCCAACUCCAGCUCCCAUUUACGAUGUCCCGAAUCCUCCCUUUGACUUAGAAUUGACAGAUCAACUCGACAAAAGUGUUCAGCUGUCAUGGACCCCAGGCGAUGACAACAAUAGCCCUAUUACAAAGUUCAUCAUUGAAUAUGAAGAUGCAAUGCACGAGGCAGGGCUGUGGCAUCACCAAACUGAAGUUUCCGGAACGCACACCACAGCCCAGCUGAAGCUGUCGCCUUAUGUGAACUACUCCUUCCGAGUGAUGGCAGUGAACAGCCUCGGGAGCAGCUUGCCCAGCGAGGCAUCUGAACAGUAUUUGACUAAAGCCGCAGAACCAGAUAAAAAUCCCACGGCUGUGGAAGGACUAGGAUCAGAGCCUGAUAAUUUGGUAAUUACAUGGAAGCCCUUGAAUGGUUUCGAAUCUAAUGGGCCAGGCCUUCAGUACAAAGUUAGCUGGCGCCAGAAAGACGGUGAUGAUGAAUGGACAUCUGUGGUUGUGGCCAAUGUAUCCAAGUAUAUUGUCUCGGGCACGCCGACUUUUGUUCCAUACCUGAUAAAAGUCCAGGCCCUGAAUGAUGUGGGGUCUGCUCCAGAGCCAGCUGUGGUCAUGGGACAUUCUGGAGAAGACCUCCCGAUGGUGGCUCCUGGGAAUGUGCGUGUGAACGUGGUGAACAGUACCUUAGCCGAGGUGCACUGGGACCCGGUACCUCUGAAGAGUAUCCGGGGACACCUGCAAGGCUAUCGGAUUUACUACUGGAAGGCACAGACUUCAUCUAAAAGAAACAGACGCCACAUCGAGAAAAAGAUCCUCACUUUCCAGGGCAGCAAGACUCACGGCAUGUUGCCCGGGCUGGAGCCCUUUAGCCACUACACACUGAACGUCCGCGUGGUCAAUGGGAAAGGAGAGGGCCCAGCCAGCCCCGAUAGAGUCUUUAAUACUCCAGAAGGAGUCCCCAGUGCUCCAUCAUCUCUGAAGAUUGUGAACCCCACACUAGACUCGCUCACUUUGGAAUGGGAUCCACCGAGCCGCCCGAAUGGCAUUUUGACCGAGUACACCUUAAAAUAUCAGCCCAUUAACAGCACACAUGAAUUAGGCCCUCUGGUAGAUUUGAAAAUUCCUGCCAACAAGACACGCUGGAUUUUAAAAAAUUUAAAUUUCAGCACUCGGUAUAAGUUUUAUUUCUAUGCACAAACAUCAGCAGGAUCAGGAAGUCAAAUAACAGAGGAAGCGGUAACAACUGUGGAUGAAGGUAAGAUGGCUGGUAUUCUCCCACCUGAUGUAGGUGCAGGCAAAGCAAUGGCGAGCCGACAGGUGGAUAUUGCGACUCAGGGCUGGUUCAUUGGUCUAAUGUGUGCUGUCGCUCUCCUUAUCUUAAUUUUGCUGAUUGUUUGCUUCAUCAGAAGAAACAAGGGUGGUAAAUAUCCAGUUAAAGAAAAGGAAGAUGCCCAUGCUGAUCCUGAAAUCCAGCCUAUGAAGGAAGAUGAUGGCACUUUUGGAGAGUACAGGUCUCUUGAAAGUGAUGCAGAAGACCACAAGCCUUUGAAAAAAGGCAGUCGAACACCUUCAGACAGGACUGUGAAAAAGGAAGAUAGCGAUGAUAGCCUAGUUGACUAUGGAGAGGGGGUCAACGGCCAGUUCAAUGAGGAUGGCUCCUUUAUCGGACAGUACAGUGGCAAGAAAGAGAAAGAACCGGCUGAAGGAAAUGAAAGCUCAGAGGCACCUUCUCCUGUCAACGCCAUGAAUUCGUUUGUUUAAUUUGUAAGCUCUUUGCCAAUAUUCCAUUUCUCUAGAAUGUUUAUCUUAAGCACUUGUUUGUCAGCCUUCUCAUUCUAUGAACAUGGAGGCAGAAAGUGUAUAUUCUGCUGUAUGUUAAUAUUAUGAGAAUAGUUAGAGCAAGAACAUAACUCAGUCAAAUGAUAAGUCAGUGUGAACUGCAGUGCAAAGUGCAUACUUUUUUCAUUCAAAAUAGGUAUUCUUGACUUCCUCAGAACUGAUCAGAAUAAUAUAACAUCAUCAACAGAUCAUGUUAGUUCCUCUUCAGGAUACAGUUCAAUAUCAUGCAUGAAAAAUGCUACACAUUUAAAGGACAUACCUGUGUAUGUUAUUAAAACAUGGUUUGAUACUUUGUUUAUACUAUCCUCAGCUGAACCCCUAAAUAUGAAUUCCGUUUUCAUUGUCAAGAGUGUUACUGUAGUAUUCUCUAGAACUUCAAUGUCUUUGUGGACAUUGUUGUGAAAUUGGUGACUCUAUGUCUAGCUGUCAUUAGUCUUUUUGGGAGACUAUUAGGAAAGUAUGUACAGUAUAUUCUUGCUAAAUGAGUUAAUUAUGACAGUUGCAUUUGCUGAUGCUUACUGAGACUCUGUUAUCUGCUCUUUGCUCCUGUUACUUCAUAGCCUUCUUAAUCUUCCAGGUAUUACAGCAGUGCAGUGUUCUACUUUUUACAUCAUCUCUGUGUUGAGUUGUUUUUAGGCAUAAACAAUGUGGAUUGCAAUGCAUUUUGGCAUUUGUGCCAUACUGAAAGAAUCAAAAACAGAUCACUCCAAUUAAAUUUCAAAAAUUAUUCCAGAAAGCACAGGGCGAGACACAUGCAGUGCCUUCAGAUAAUAAGCAUUCCAUGACAUAUCUUGCCUUCUGUAGCAGUCAGUACAGUUGCCUCAGAGUCCUAGCUUACUGUCAUUGUCUACAAGUAACUUUUAAAAAGCAGAGAUAAUGAAAAUUGCAAUGCUGAAAAAAAUGAAUAAAAUUAAUAAGACAAUUUAUUUUAAGGAGCAUUUUCCUCAUAUGUAUCAAAGAUAAGUUUUAUCACCAGCUGGAGCACAUGAACAUUUCAUGGUCUUUAUGGUUUCUCUUAAAACAUGUCACGUUCAGUAAGAAAGAUGUCAACUUGGUAGAAAAUUUUCUUAAAAAACAAGUUAUUCAAAACUAAAAGCAUACAACAGCAUGGCAACAAGAAUAUAUUAUUCUUUAAGUCUUUACCUAUGUGGCAGCUUUUGAAACUCUCUGCAGCAUUAAACAAUGUGUAUGCAAAUUGCUAUGGACACAUUUCAGAAUCUAAGAAAUCUGACAAGUGCUAACAAGGCCAACAGUCAAAGGGAUUACGUCUACAGUUUCAAAAAAUAAACACAUAUAUUCUACCAUAUUCGUAAACAAUAUCUAUCAAAUGGUUUAAACCUCCAAAUAUGAAAUUCUAUAAACAACCUAUGGUUGAAGGAAUGCUCAUUUUCAUUUGCCAAUAAAUUGGUUUCUCAUAACUUGCAUCAAGUUUAAUUUUAAGUAAAGCUUUUUAUAUGUAGAUAUUUUGUUGAAUUUGUAAAUACACUUAAAGUGUAGAUGCUAUAUGCUAAUAGGUGUUACAGACAAACAUGCAAACAAUGUUCAUGUUGUACUGUAUAAGGAGUUAGCUGAUUAAUACAGUGCAUUGGAUUGGAAAGCAUUGAUGUAAAUACCUUUUGGGUUUUUAUUUUCCCUUUUUGCUGUGAAACUGAAAUAGUGAACUCUUCUACAUAGGGACAGCAAGUUUCUAGAUGAAAUCUUCAGAGCUUUGCCUAUGGGGCACAGAGGCCUAGUCACCUGGCAUCUCUGAGAUCUGUAGGUAAAAGCGCAGGUUGAAGUAAUCCCAGGGAAAGAUGGCCCUGAAUACUUUCAUGUCUCCAUAUUCGCUUUUCACAGAUCAGCUGUUCUAAUGGAAAUACAAAAAGACAACAAGCUUGCCUUGGCAUCAGAGAGCACAAAGAUAAAAGUCACUUUAAAUUUGCCAAUGUUUGGGAAGAACAAUAAAAGUAGUUUUUACUCUUCCGUGACAGUAAAUGCUAAAUUUAUCUGUGCAUGAAGGGGUCACUUCUGUAAUAGUGCAACAGAUUUUGUAUUAAAAAUUAAAUCCGUGGUUUUGAAAGUCCCUCUCUCUUUUGUAAUAUGUCAUGUUCCUAGUGGAGUGUGAAUGUCCGAGUAAUGGUAUGUAUAACGGCACAGGCAGAUGUGACUGGAUUUCCAUCAAAAAGUAACUAUUAAACAGUCUAGAUCUCUUUGUGAUUUUUAA